AUGGCGACAGAAGUGGCCGCCGCCGCCGGCCCGGACGUAUCGCGCCUCGAAGCCCUCGUCCGCGACAACGCGCGCAAGGCCAAAUCCAUCUACGCCAACACCUCCUCCGACCCAUCAGCCGGCUCCCGCAAGCGCAUCAAACUCGACCCAGGCCUGGCCUCCGAAGACCCCGACCUCACGAAAUCAGCCCUCUCCCUGCGCCUCCACGCUGAGUAUGCCGACGUCCAGACCCUGCCCGAGUCCAUCGCGAAGAAGCUCCCUGCGGCCGGUGCUGCUGGCGCGCGGAGGAAGAAAGCUAAACCGGGAGCUGGAGCCGGGGAGGAGGCGCCGUCGAAGUCGGAGGAGCAUGCGAGGAAGUUGAUUGAGGGGAUACCGACUACUGGCAGUGGACCUAGCGGUGGUGGUGGUAAUUCCAACGCUCUCGUCCUCUCUCGCAACAAACCACCCUCCAACACCAACACCACCAAACCCCAAAACCGCAACGAACCCGCCAGCCUCUCCCUAGCCCGCCGCACAGACAGCAUGCUCGCACAACCGCGACCCGACUGGCACGCGCCAUGGAAACUGCAGCGCGUCAUCAGCGGACACCUAGGGUGGGUGCGGGCGCUGGCGGUGGAGCCGAACAACCAGUGGUUUGCGUCGGGGGCCGGGGACCGGACGAUUAAGAUCUGGGAUCUGGCGUCGGGCCGGUUGAGGUUGACGCUAACGGGGCAUAUUUCCACGGUGAGGGGAUUGGCGGUGUCGCCGAGGCAUCCGUAUUUGUUUUCUUGUGGGGAGGAUAAGAUGGUGAAGUGUUGGGAUUUGGAGACGAAUAAGGUGAUCCGCCACUACCACGGCCACCUCUCAGGCGUCUACGCCCUCCAACUGCACCCGACUCUCGACGUCCUCGUCACCGGCGGCCGCGACGGCGUCGCCCGAGUCUGGGACAUGCGCACCCGCAGCAACGUCCACGUCCUCUCCGGCCACACCGGCACCGUCGCCGACCUAGUCUGCCAAGAAGCCGACCCCCAAGUGAUCACCGGCAGUCUCGACUCGACCGUCCGCCUCUGGGACCUAGCCGCAGGCAAAACCAUGGGCGUGCUAACCCACCACAAAAAGGGCGUUCGCGCACUUGCGACACACCCGACGGAGUUUACCUUUGCGACGGGGAGUACGGGAAGCAUCAAGCAGUGGAAGUGUCCCGAGGGGGCGUUUAUGCAGAACUUUGAGGGGCAGAAUGCGAUUAUCAAUACGCUGGCGGUGAAUGAUCAGAAUGUGUUUUUCUCGGGAGGGGAUAAUGGGUCGAUGAGCUUUUGGGAUUGGAAGUCGGGGUAUCGGUUCCAGGCGCUGGAUACUACGGCCCAGCCCGGGUCGUUGGAUGCGGAGAGUGGGUUGAUGAGCUCGGUGUUUGAUAAGUCGGGGUCGAGGCUGAUUUGUGGGGAGGCGGAUAAGACGAUCAAAAUCUGGAAGGAGGACCCGAAUGCCACACAGGAGACACACCCGCUGGAGUGGAAGCCGACGUUGUCGAGGAGGAAGUUUUAG